GAAAAAACUCAAAAACACAUUGACAAUAUGUUAUAUGCAUUACAUUACUGUUGUUGUUUCAUUGUGACGUGACUUUUACUAAGUUUAAUUAUAUCAACUUUAUGCGUAGAAGAAAUAUUCUAGCGCGUUCGUUGGGCAGUCUAGCUAGAAAGUACAGGGCAUUCCAAGAAGCUUGGAUUCUGCCAUGGUUUUGCGGGGGCUGCAUAUCGGCAAUACCACUUUGGACUUUUGACAUAUUCGUGUUGAUUGCAAAGCUGACCUCGACAUGUGUAAUGGCAAUUAUCCGAGUGAUCAUACCACCGAUCAAGAAGAAUUUAUGCGGGGAAACGAUAUUGAUAACAGGUGCCGGAUCUGGUAUUGGACGAGAACUGGCUCUACAACUGGCGGAACUUGGCGCAACAAUUAUAUGCUGGGAUAAGGAUGAGAGACGAAAUAAUGCCUUAGUUGAGGAAAUAAGAAAAAAAGAUGGGGAUUGCUAUGGCUACACGCUUGACGUAACAAUGAGGGAUCAAGUAUCUGCAUUAGCGACACACAUGCGCCGACAUCUAGCAGACGUGACGAUGGUUAUAAGUAACGCCGGCGCCUUGAACUAUGCACCCAUUUGUCAGUUACGACCAGACGCCGUUGUCAAACUAAUUAACGUCAACUUAUUGUCACAUAUUUGGAUAAUUCAAGCGUUUCUGCCGAGCAUGAUUGAGAGACGUCAAGGGCACAUAAUAGCGAUUAACUCAAGUUUGGGCUUAAUGCCUUGCGCUGAUAUGACGUCGUACUGCGCUGCUAAAUUUGGACUCCGAGGUUUGAUGGACUCAUUGUCGGAAGAACUUCGCUUGGAUACGUGGACAAAAAAUAUUACUACCACUUCUGUGUACUUGGGUACUGUUUCCACAGGACUGUACCCUACGCCCUCACAUCGCUUCGUAUCCUAUUACUCGGAAAUAAGUGCUGAAAAAGCAGCCAGAACAAUUAUAGAAGGCAUCCGCAAAAACAAGAAGUGCAUCUGCAUACCGACGUUUCUGAAACUUCUUUUGGAUCUACACAACCUAUUGCCCUACAGGGUUCGAAUUAUCUUCACAGAUUUCUUCAAUUUCGGAUCCCGCGGGUGGUUUUGUUUUUGCUAA